GUUCGACACAGAAAAGGAAUCAGAUGGAUGUUAUUCACAGCUUUGGAGUGCUGGCUAUACAGCACCUACAGAACAACUAUAAGGAAUACCACAGGUUCCUCGGCUUCAUGUCGACAGUGGGUGACCCUCGUAAUAUCUUUUCUAUUUAUUUCCCACUCUGGUUCCAUCUCAGCCAUAAGGUCGGCACCAAGAUGAUAUGGGUGGCUGUCAUUGGAGACUGGAUCAAUCUUAUUUUUAAAUGGAUUCUGUUUGGACAGCGACCUUAUUGGUGGGUUCAUGAAACUCACUUGUACCACAACAGUUCAGUACCACAUUUGGAUCAGUUUCAUAUAACUUGUGAAACAGGGCCAGGUAGUCCAUCUGGUCACUCCAUGGGCUCAUCGUGUGUGUGGUAUGUGAUGAUCACCUCUGCGCUAAACUUGGCCAGACCUUCCACUGACUCUUCUGUCUGGAGCUCUCAAAGGUAUCGUCUCCUGAGAUCCUGCUUGUGGAUGGCUUUUUGGGUCAUUCAGAUAAGCGUUGGUAUCUCCAGGGUUUUUAUAGCAACACAUUUCCCACAUCAGGUUGUCCUUGGUCUUAUCAUGGGCAUGCUGGUUGCUGAGGUGUUUGAACACAUCCCUUCAAUCUGCAAUGCAAGCCUGAAAGUGUACCUCCAAGUGAAUGCUUUCCUCCUCUCUUUUGCCAUUUGCUUUUAUCUGCUCCUCAAAUUCAUGGACAUUGAUCCGUUGUGGUCAGUCACUAAAGCCACGAAGUGGUGUGCCAACCCAGACUGGAUCCAUCUUGACACCACACCUUUUGCUGGUCUGGUGAGAAACCUGGGAGCCUUGUUCGGUCUAGGGCUCGCAGUGAACACUGAAAUGUUCAUUCUGAGCUGCAAGGGGAAGAACGGCUGCAACACCACAUUUCGGGUCAUGUGCAUCGCUGCAACGCUCACAUUUCUGCAACUGUACGACUUCAUCAAACUGCCCACUCACACCGAGGCUCUGUUUUACAUACUGUCGUUUUGUAAAAGUGCUUCAGUCCCUCUUGGAGUGGUUGCUGUUAUCCCUUACUGUGUUCAUUUGCUGAUCAGAGAUGAGGACAGGAAGCUGGCAUAGAGAGUGGAUGAAAAAUAAAGUUGAGUCAUGUUGUUCCUAACAACUACUGAUUUACUUUUAAAUGUUGAAUGAAAGGUCUAAAGAAGUGAAUACACAGGACUUUUAUUCACACUUAUUGCACAGUCACAUAAGCACAGAAACUCCAAUAUAUGUUGAAAACGAGUUACAUAAUAAAGUUUGAUAUUCAUGUGUUUUGAUUUUUGUUGAUUUGAACAUGAGUGUUAUAUGUAGCCUAUCCAAGUUUCUUCUGUUUCUAUGUUCUUUGUUUUAGAUUCACAGUUAAACCAU